AUGGAGACUCAGAUCGGCAUCCUCAAGUGUAUAGCAGCGGCCGGACAACUCUCUAAAGCUCUCCAAGCAAUGCAAUCACAAGUCCUGUCGCAACUAGAAGGCAAACUCAAAACAGCCAGCCUCAUCAUAGAUCAGCUGAUUACCGAGCGACGGGAGGAACAGAAAGCCAUGGAUAAGAAGGGUCCAAAGAACAGCAAGUGGAAGCACGACGAUAGGGAAAUUACUGCAGUGAUCCAGGACCUGGGAGAGAUGAGAGUGAACUCGAAGUUGAAGUACGUGUAG